AUGCCGAGAUCAGAGAGCUUCUCGAGACAGAUUUGGUCUCAGAACAUAUGGAAACAGGACUUCAAUCCAACAUCUAUUCCAUCAUUCGAGUCAGCCUUCCUUGCGACAUCAUCCCUCAUCAAUCUUCCCCCACUAGGAGUCAAGGAAACCAUUUUUCCAUGGGUCUGUUGGGUAAUUUGGACAGCAAGGAACCAACGUAUUUUUGAGAACAGAGUCUUCGAACCUAUGGACAUCUUCUCCAAGGCUAUUAGUACAUCUAGGGAGUGGAACAAUGCUCAGGCUUCUCUGAUAUCUCCCCAAGUGCCUCGCAAUUUACAGAAUCCUCCAUCGCAUCAACCUCUCACCGAGCUCCCUUGCUUCACCGACACUGCUUGGAUAGCUUCGACAAACAGAGCUUGA